GACAGCGAUGGCGACUGGCGGCUCGGCUGCGCGCGCCGCCGGAGCGGUAGCGUCAGCAGCAGCAGCAGCUCCGACGGCUCCCCGGCCUCCUGCGACGAGGACGGAGACGGCGGCCUCGCGGACGCGCUGCGCGCCCUGCGCAGGGCGCCGGAGGAGCAGAGGCGGACCGCGAUCCAGGCCAUGCCGCAGGACCAGUUCAUGAAGCUCAUCUCGGGCUUCGGCGACUUGCCCCGCGAGGCGCAGCGCCGAAUCUACGCAGCGGGCUGCGACAGCGACGACAGCGAGGACGGCGAGGACGGCGAGGACAGCGAGGACGGCAAGGACGCCGAGGACGAGGCCCAGCCGGCCCCGCAGCUGCGCGGCGGGCCGGACACCCCCGCCGCGCCGGCGGCCGCCACGGCAGGGUCUGCCCCGGCCGCCGCCCUUCGGCGCGAGCUCCCGCCCGCCUCUGCGCACGCGCGCCCCCGGCAGCGCGCGGCGGACCGCCGGCGCGCUCCUGCGCCGCUCGUCAUGGCCGGCGGGGGUGCCGACGCCGGAGGGGAGGCGCAGGCCAGCGCGAGCGGCGAGGAGGCGCGGCCGCGCGCGGCCGACGGGGAGGCCGGCGACCCCCGGGGCGCCGUCGAGCUCGCCCUGGACGAGCUGGCCAGGCUGAGGUCGGCCGGAGACAGGCCCGCCCAGGCCGCCGCCCUGCAGCGCGUCGCGGACGCCUGCCUCGCGGAGGGCAGGUGGGCCCAGGCGCUGCAGAGCGCCUCCGACGCGCUGGAGCUGCUGCGGGAGCUGGGCGACGCUGCUGCUCAGACGAAGGUGCUGCGCUCGAUCUCGGGCUACGACAUCCACGAGCAGCGCCCCGAGGAGGCCCUGAGGCUGGCGACGCAGGCGGCGGCGCACUUCCGCGGCCUGGGCCACCGGCAGGGCGAGGCCUUCGGGCAGCUGACCGCGGCCCUGGUGCACCUCGCGGCCCGCCAGGGCGAGAAGGCCAUGGCGGCCGCCAGCUUCGGCCUGACCCUCUUCCGCCGCGAGGGCGCGCGGGGCGGCGAGUGCCUGGCGCUGCAGGCGGCCUCCAGGGCGCACGUCAUGACGGGGGACCUCCGGCAGGGCGUGAAGGCCGCGGAGGGCGCCAGGGCGCUGGCGCGGGUGCUGGAGGACGGGCCGCAGGAGGCGGCCGCGCUGCUGCAGCUGGCCCGGGCCCAGGCCGCCCAGGGCGCGGCGGAGCGGGGGGACGAGGGCCCGUGGCGCAAGGCGUCGCAGGCCGCCACGCUGGCCGCCGAGCGGUUCCAGCAGCUGGGCGACCGGCGGGGCGAGGCCGCCGCCCUGACGGUGCACCAGCGGGCGCUGCAGGGCGAGAGGGAAGCCGCCGACCUCCGGGCCGGCACCCGGGUCGGUGAGGAGGUGGCGCGGGCGGCGAAGAACCUGAAGGAGGCGCAGGGCGCAUGGGGCGGCUUGGGGGACCGCAGCGCGCUGAUGUACUGCGUGAACGGGGGGACGAUGCUCAAUGGCUAGCGCGCUCGCCCGCGUGCGCGGCCAGCUGCGCGCUCCCCGUCCUCCCGCCCCUUGUCUUCCGUAUCUCUCCUCUUCCGUGCUUGCUUCCUUCCUCUUCCUUCCCCUUCGUUUCGAUCAUCGAUUCAUCCUUCUCAUUGUCGCCUCCCUCCGGUUCUCCCUGCUGGCGCACGGCUGCCGUUUUCCAUUAUCGACGAGUUGCGUAUUCCAGCAACGUGCAACGACGCGAUGCCAGCAGCGGCUGAGCUGCGACGCAUAAGUGAGGACCGCCGCCCUGUGGAAAACACA